GCCGACGGUGCUUUAAAAGAUUGAUGGAGACUCGGCAGGGAGGCGCUCGUGCGCUCGUAAUGGCCGGCGCCCGUGCUGCGUGGUUUUUUUCCGCGACUCCCCACCCCAACUCGACGUUGUUUUGCCCCGGAGCUCGAUGUUCGGGAAACCCUUUAGAGGCUGAGUAAGCGUGACUCAAGCAAGGUUGUUCUCUAUCUUCACGCGAGGUAACCUGCACAUAGGCAGGCAAACAAAGCCUUCGGCAUGCAUGUUCAUUUUUGCAAUGUUUUUGUCUGUUGCCAAAGGAAAUGAACUUGCUCGCUUGCUAUCGUUUGGACUUUAUUAGCCCUGCAAGUAGUUUUGUGCUUGGGCAAAGGGGAGAUCUUGGCCGGUUAGAUUCAUUUUGGCAAUGUCACUGGAGUUCAAAUGUCCCUUUUUAUUCCAACGACUAGCACACAAAAGAGUCAACACAUUCGUCAAUAACACUGCCUUACAAGGUAACAUUAUAUGGAUAAAGCAGUAAGAAUAAUAAUUCAAAUGUAUAAUGCGCAUUCCAGGAUUCCAAUGCGCAAACUAAAGAGGGAAAGCCAGUUUAAAGAGAAGGGUUUUUCAAAGCAGACUUAAAUAUAUCUACCUACUCCGAUUGCCCUGAUUUCAAGUGGCGAGGCGUUCCAUUGCUUGGGUGCCACGCUAACAAAAGCCGCGAUCACCAAAAGAGCGAAACCUGUAGACCUGGGAGUGCUGAGCGGUUGGAGAUCAGAAGAUCUUAAGGAAUAUAUAUUGGUUCCUGAAAGUAAUGUGGGGUGAGACCUUCUAAAGCCUUACAGGUUCAUGGCAUUAUCAUAAAAUCCACACGGAAUUUGACCGGUAGCCAAUGAAGAGAUGAGAGGACCUGGUGUCAUGUGCUCUCGGAUUGGUGUACGUGGUGUAAGCACUCUAGCAGCUGCAUUUUGAACAAGCUGGAGUCUGCCCAGUACUUUGCGGUGGCACUCCGUAGCAGUUACUUGACUCAGCCACCACAAUGUAAAAUAAUAGCUGUUGUUGUCCAUCCACAUCAGCCCUACACAGAAGACGAUUUGCUUUUGUUAUGCCCUGCAGACGUUACCAGGCGGCCAGAGCAGACGUUACCAUCAGAGCAGACGUUACCAUCAGAGCAGACGUUACCAUCAGAGCAGACGUUACCAUCAGAGCAGACGUUACCAUCAGAGCAGACGUUACCAUCAGAGCAGACGUUACCAUCAGAACAGACGUUACCAUCAGAGCAGACGUUACCAUCAGAGCAGACGUUACCAUCAGAGCAGACGUUACCAUCAGAGCAGACGUUACCAUCAGAACAGACGCUACCAUCGAAGCAGACGUCACCAUCAGAGCAGACGUUACCAUCAGCACAGACGUUACCAUCAGAACAGACGUCACCAUCAGAGCAGACGUUACCAUCAGAGCAGACGUUACCAUCAGAGCAGACGUUACCAUCAGAGCAGACGUUACCAUCAGAGCAGACGUUACCAUCAGAGCAGACGUUACCAUCAGAACAGACGUUACCAUCAGAACAGACGUCACCAUCAGAGCAGACGUUACCAUCAGAGCAGACGUUACCAUCAGAGCAGACGUUACCAUCAGAACAGACGCUACCAUCAGAGCAGACGUUACCAUCAGAACAGACGCUACCAUCGAAGCAGACGUCACCAUCAGAGCAGACGUUACCAUCAGCACAGACGUUACCAUCAGAACAGACGUCACCAUCAGAGCAGACGUUACCAUCAGAGCAGACGUUACCAUCAGAGCAGACGUUACCAUCAGAGCAGACGUUACCAUCAGAGCAGACGUUACCAUCAGAACAGACGUUACCAUCAGAACAGACGUCACCAUCAGAGCAGACGUUACCAUCAGAGCAGACGUUACCAUCAGAGCAGACGUUACCAUCAGAGCAGACGUUACCAUCAGAACAGACGUUACCAUCAGAACAGACGUUACCAUCAGAGCAGACGUUACCAUCGAAGCAGACGUCACCAUCAGAACAGACGCUACCAUCAGAGCAGACGUUACCAUCAGAACAGACGUUACCAUCGAAGCAGACGUCACCAUCAGAACAGACGUUAUCAUCAGAGCAGACGUUACCAUCAGAACAGACGUUACCAUCAGAGCAGACGUUACCAUCAGAACAGACGUUACCAUCAGAACAGACGUUACCAUCAGAACAGACGUUACCAUCAGAACAGACGUUACUAUCAGAACAGACGUUACCAUCAGAGCAGACGCUACCAUCAGAACAGACGUCACCAUCAGAACAGACGCUACCAUCAGAGCAGACGUUACCAUCAGAACAGACGUUACCAUCAGAGCAGACGUUACCAUCAGAACAGACGUUACCAUCAGAACAGACGUUACCAUCAGAACAGACGCUACCAUCAGAGCAGACGUUACCAUCAGAACAGACGUUACCAUCAGAACAGACGUUACCAUCAGAACAGACGUUACCAUCAGAGCAGACGUUACCAUCAGAACAGACGUUACCAUCAGAACAGACGUUACCAUCAGAGCAGACGUUACCAUCGAAGCAGACGUCACCAUCAGAACAGACGCUACCAUCAGAGCAGACGUUACCAUCAGAACAGACGUUACCAUCGAAGCAGACGUCACCAUCAGAACAGACGUUAUCAUCAGAGCAGACGUUACCAUCAGAACAGACGUUACCAUCAGAGCAGACGUUACCAUCAGAACAGACGUUACCAUCAGAACAGACGUUACCAUCAGAACAGACGUUACCAUCAGAACAGACGUUACCAUCAGAGCAGACGCUACAAUCAGAACAGACGUCACCAUCAGAACAGACGCUACCAUCAGAGCAGACGUUACCAUCAGAACAGACGUUACCAUCAGAGCAGACGUUACCAUCAGAACAGACGUUACCAUCAGAACAGACGUUACCAUCGGAACAGACGCUACCAUCAGAGCAGACGUUACCAUCAGAACAGACGUUACCAUCAGAACAGACGUUACCAUCAGAACAGACGCUACCAUCAGAGCAGACGUUACCAUCAGAACAGACAUUACCAUCGGAACAGACGCUACCAUCAGAGCAGACGUUACCAUCAGAACAGACGUUACCAUCGGAACAGACGUUACCAUCAGAACAGACGUUACCAUCAGAACAGACGUUACCAUCGGAGCAGACGUCACCAUCAGAACAGACGUUACCAUCGAAGCAGACGUUACCAGGCGGCCUGAGCAGGCAGCCUCACCAUUACCACCGUGGGUUUGGGUUCGCCGUGGCUAGUCUGAGCCGCUGCCCUGCCGCUGCGGAUCAUCGUCGCCGCCGCUUUGCGCUCCGC